CUCUUCUUUCCGAGCGCAGAGCUCCAGCUAUAUAAUAUCCGCGCUCACAUUCAAUCUUUUCAGAAUCUGGAAUACUACACAACAUCCAAAACUGCCUUUGUCGCUGAGUUCAUCUUCGAGAGUUUUCUACUAUCAGACACCUUGAUAUCUGCUGCCAUUACGGUGGGCCAUUCAACAGAACACACACCUGUCUUAUAACCAUGGUGUUCCAUAAGGAAUUCCAGACUGCAGGGAAGGAGCCUGGUCUCCAGGUGUGGCGCGUGGAGAAGAUGGAUCUGAAGCCGGUUCUUAAACAGCUCCACGGGAACUUCUUCACCGGAGACUGCUACGUUCUGCUCUACACCACCGCUGCCCCCUCAUACUACAUCCACAUGUGGCUGGGAAGUGAGAGUUCUCAGGAUGAGAAAGGUGCGGCGGCCAUCUUUACCACCCAGCUGGAUGAUUUCCUGGGCGGAGGCCCGGUCCAGUUCAGAGAGGUGCAGAACAACGAAUCUAUCACCUUCCUGGGUUACUUCAAGUCUGGCAUCAAGUACAAGCAAGGUGGGGUGGCCUCUGGCUUCCAGCACGUGGUGACCAACGACAUGAACGUCAAGCGUCUGCUGCACAUCAAGGGCCGCAGGACCAUCAGGGCCACAGAGGUAGACAUGUCCUGGUCCAGCUUCAACAGAGGAGACUGCUUCAUCAUUGACCUGGGAAAGGACAUCUUCCAGUGGUGUGGCAGUGAGUGCAACCACUUCGAGCGUCUGAAGGCAUCCCAGGUGGCCAUCGAUGUCCGUGACAACGAGAGGAAUGGCCGUGCCACGCUGCAGAUGGUUGAGGAGGGAGGAGAGCCACUGGCUGUCAUCGACGCUCUAGGGCCCAAACCCAACAUCCCUGCAGGAAGCCCUGAUGACGAGUCUGUCGAUAGAUCCAACCAGAAGAAGGGAGCUCUCUACAUGAUCUCUGAUGCGGCAGGCUCCAUGAAGGCGUCAGUGGUGGCCCAGACCUGCCCCUUCAAACAAGAAAUGCUCUCCCCCAGUGAGUGUUACAUUCUGGACAAUGGAGUGGACACCAAGAUCUUCAUCUGGAAAGGACCUAGUGCCAACACAGCUGAACGCAAUGCUGCCAUGAAGGCCGCAGAGCAGUUCAUCAAGGAGAAGAAGUACCCCAGACACACCCAGGUCCAGGUGUUGCCGGGCGGAGGUGAGACCACCCUGUUCAAGCAGUUCUUCUGUAACUGGAAGGAUAAGGACCAGACCACGGGCCCAGGCCAGGCCUACAGCUUGGGGCGUAUCGCCAGGGUGGCGCAGGUCCCAUUCGACUCCUCCGCCCUGCACACCAACAAGACCAUGGCAGCCCAGCACGGCAUGGUGGAUGACGGAUCCGGGAAGGUUCAGGUGUGGCGUGUGGAGGAUGGUGACCAGGUGCCAGUGGACCCUUCCAGCUAUGGUCAGUUCUAUGGAGGUGACUGCUACCUGGUCCUGUACAGCUACCGCCUGGGAGGCAGGGAGCAGCACAUCAUCUACACCUGGCAGGGGCUGAAGUGUACUCAGGAUGAGCUGGCUGCCUCCGCCUUCCUGACUGUCAGGCUGGACGACUCCAUGGGAGGGUCUCCUGUCCAGGUGCGGGUGACUCAGGGCCAGGAGCCGGCCCACCUGAUGAGUCUGUUCAAGGGGAAGCCCAUGGUGAUCCACCUGGGGGGGACGUCCCGUAAGGGGGGCCAGAGCAGGGUGGGCUCCACACGCCUCUUCCACAUCCGCCAGAGCUCCACCAGGGCCACACGGGCUGUAGAGGUGGAGCCCUCUGCUGCGUUCCUGAAUACCAAUGAUGUGUUUGUCCUGAAGUCCCCUAACACUGUGUUCCUGUGGAGGGGAGUGGGGGCCACUGAGGAGGAGCUGGCUGCAGCCCAGUACGUCACCUCUUUCCUGGGAGGAGGAAGUGCCACUGAGGUGUCAGAGGGCAAGGAGCCAGCUGGGUUCUGGUCUGCUCUGGGAGGGAAGAAGGAGUACCAGACCUCUAGGAGUCUGCAGAAGAUGGUCAAGCCACCACGCCUGUUUGGCUGCUCUAACAAGACUGGCCGGCUCAUAGCUGAGGAGGUGCCUGGAGAUUUCAACCAGUCAGACUUGGCAACUGAUGACGUCAUGCUUCUGGACACUUGGGAUCAGAUCUUCCUCUGGAUCGGCAACGAGGCCAAUGAGGUGGAGAGGACCGGAUCAGCAAAAAUUGCCAAAGACUAUGUGGAUUCGGACCCCUCUGGUCGCCAGGGCAUUGCCAUCACUAUGAUCAAGCAGGGAAUGGAACCGCCAACCUUCACCGGCUGGUUCCAGGCCUGGGACCCCAAGAUGUGGGAAACCGACCCUCUGGAGCGUAUCCGCGCCCGCUUUUAAACUUUACUGUGCUCAACCACUUCCUCCUGCUCCCUCCCCUCCCCUCGCAUGGCUUCUUCUCCUGCACUAUCCUCUACUCCUGAAAUCACAAGGCCAAGACAUCUGCAAGACAUCUGCAAGCAGUUACAUUUGACAUUUUAGUCAUUUAGCAGACGCUCUUAUCCAGAGCUAGUGAGUACAUACAUAAAAUAAAAUAAAUUAUACUGGCCCCCCGUGGACCCAUAAGCCCAAUGAAACUGGUCUGGUCCAUUAUAUUGGAUUAGCCUGGUCUCAGAUCUGUUUGUGUUCUUGCAUACUCCGUUGCUGUGAUUGUCAAGCCAAAUGUUUGGCAUGACAAUGAGUGACAAGAAGUUAGAAUGAUAGCACAAACAGACUGGCACUCAGGCUAUGCUUGGAUGACUAUCUCAGCAAAUAUUAUGUCUUUAUUUUAUUAUUAUCAUGUAUAACUGUGUGGCUUCGCAAUUAAACAAGUGCCAAUGCUCAAACACAGGAAUGAUAGCUAAAUACACAUAUUUAUCUCAAGUAUAACUGUGGCAUUAACCAUGAUGGCAUUUUAAAAAAUCACUUUUGCUAUCUUAUGUGGCAUAAAAAAAUAAGCCUAACAGUCUAUUUCAUGCUUGUAUACUUUUGUAAUUUUACUCUGAAUCUGAGAAAAAUGUACUUCUGAAGAGAAACAACAAAUUAAUAUGUGAGGUUUUAUGGGAUUUGAUGAUUGUUUGUAAUAAAACAUCCUGCUUUUUGAAAGGAGGUUGUGUUUUUUUAUUGCGUCUUGCAUUAUGUACACUGAACAAAAAUAUAAACGUAACAUGUAAAAUGUUGGUCCCAUGUUUCAUGAGCUGAAAUAAAAG